UUUGACUUGUGGCGGGUGGAAAAUCGGAUAUAAACAAACAACUCUUUUUACGUUUUUAUUAUAAAAUUCGCAUAUCUAACCAAAUAUCAUUAAGUGUAUAUAAAGUUUAAGAAGAAAUUUCUUAGUUUAAGAGCAUUGUCCGUAAUUUACCAUGGCCAAAGUAGAAUCUAUUGGUCGGAGUAGUCCUGACUGUUUAAAUGUGGAUUUUAUGCGAUCUUUAGUAAAACAGUUCUCUGAAUUGGGCCAAUGGACUAGUGCUUUCUUCUGGGCGGAUGCUGCGGCAGCGACGAGCAAUGACUCCGCAAGUGGGGACGACAUUUGGCUGCUGGCAAGCACUAUGCUCUCACGGGGAGAGCUGCACCGUGCAGCACACGCCAUCACUUCUAGAGGACUUCAUAGGCGUCAUCUUCUCUGCCUGGGGGUGGCAAUGCGAGCAUACAUCUCUGCAAAAGAACCAGCUACUGCAUUGUCUUUAUUAGAUGAAUGUGAUGUGGCAUUGCUUGACCCAAGAAGCCAUGAUCAGACACACAAUAGGGCUCUAGCCAGUGUCCUGGUGUGGAAGGCUCGAGCAUUAUCUGCAUUAGAAAGAAGAGAAGCAGCCGCAGAAGAGCUGACAUCAGCAUUACGAGCUGACUGCGCUUGCUAUGAAGCUCUGGAUCUGCUGUUAGAACAACAUGCACUUACUCCUAGACAAGAGACUGAUCUUAUAGAAUCCCUACCAAUCAACAAUCAGCUGAGUGGUGCUGAGGCUGCACUACUACGAACUGCGUAUAGAGAUCGUUUACUAAGAUACGUACCUGUUAAAACAACGCCUACAAACACUGAUGAGCGAGGUGACUCUACGGAGAGCUCAGCGAACACACCUGGUUCAGUGGAAGUAGUACUAUCGCGGAGCUCUGAAGGCGCGGCCCGCAAGGCGCGGCGGCUGGCGGCAGCGGGCCACUGGGCGGAGGCCCUCGCCGCCCUGGACCAGGCGGGGCCCUGGGCCUGCGCUGACGUCAGAGCCGCCUGUCUCGUGGAACUGAGGAAGAGUGCGGAGCUGUUCGCCUUCGCACAUGCUCUAGUUGAUGCGUAUCCACAUUUAUGGACCUCGUGGUUCGCUGUUGGCUGCUAUUAUUACCUUAUUGGUAAGAGCGAGUUCGCGCGGCGCUACCUGAACAAGGCGAAGAGCCUGGAGCCCGGCGCCGGCUGCAUCUGGCUGGCGUACGGGCACAGCUUCGCCGCUGAGAAUGAACACGACCAAGCGAUGGCCGCUUAUUUCAAGGCGACGCAGCUGAUGGCGGGCUGCCACCUGCCCGCGCUGUACGUCGGCGUCGAGUGCUCGCUGCUCAACAACGUCAGCAUGUGCGAGCGCUUCCUGCUGCGCGCCGCCACCCUGCACAGCGACACUGAGUGCGCGGAGGUGGGCGAGGUGGGCGCAGACGAGAGCAACGCGGAGAACAGUAGUGGGUGGGAGCGCAUCGCACGCGUGGUGUGCGACCCGUACGUGGCGCACGAGGCGGGCGCGGCGGCGCACGCGGCGGGCGACCACGAGCGCGCGUGCGCUCUGUGGCUGCGCGCGCUGCACGCCGCUAGGGACGACCGCGAUCAGCUGCACCCGCGCUGGGCAGCAACACUAGACGGUUUAGGGCACGCGUGCCGCGCGCUGGGGGAGACGCGCGCGGCGCUGCGCUGGCACGAGCGCGCGCUGGCGCUGCGCCCCGCACGUGCGGCGUCGCUGGCCGCGCGCGGCCUCUGCCUGGCUGCCGCCGACGUACUCCACGCGGCACUCGCACGGGACCCUGAUGAUGUGGUCGCGUUGGCGUUACUAGAUGCUGUUGUGGAUAGACUGGAUGCGGCACUCACUGAUGAAGAAAUCCCCCAGUUUCCAUUCCCCACUGUGAAUCUAUCGCUAGGGGCGCCGGGCACCCCGCACACCCCGCACGCACCCCACACCCCGCACACGCCCCAUGCUGACGCCACCAACACAUCAGAUAUGAGUAUGAGUUUCGACUGAACUGUCAAUAAAUAAAUUAAACAAU